UGCUUCUGAGAUCAAACAACACAGACACACAGAGAGAUUAGAAAAUGGCAACAGGGCCAUCAUCGACCGACUCAAUGGAGACAGUGGCACGGCGAGCGCCUGUAACGGCUGAACGAAGGGUCCGAAGCGAUUUGGAGCAGAGUCUCCCCAAGCCCUACAUGGCGAGGGCUUUGACUGCACCUGAUACAGAGCAUGAGAAUGGAACGUUGGGUCACAACCAUAACGACAUGAGCGUUCUUCAACAACAUGUAGCUUUCUUCGAUACAGACGAGAACGGCAUCAUCUACCCUGGGGAAACCUAUUCAGGAUUGCGUGCAAUUGGGUUCAAUAUGAUCGCAUCAUUGGUAAUGGCAAUCGUAAUCAAUGUUGCCUUGAGUUAUCCAACUUUGCCUGGGUGGAUUCCAUCUCCUUUCUUUCCCAUUUACAUUCGAAACAUACACAAAUCUAAGCAUGGAAGUGAUUCAGGAACUUAUGAUACUGAAGGAAGGUAUGUUCCAGUGAAUCUGGAAAACAUUUUCAGCAAGUAUGCGCGAACAGUUCCUGAUAAGUUGACAUUUUGGGAGAUAUGGAACAUGACCGAAGGCAACAGGGUUGCCUUCGAUUUCUUUGGCUGGAUUGCAACUAAGCUGGAAUGGGCAGUUCUGUAUGUGCUUGCAAGAGAUAAAGAUAGCUUCUUAUCUAAAGAAGCUGUGAGGCGCUGCUUCGAUGGUAGCUUAUUUGAGUACUGUGCUAAGAUGCAGAGAGGAGCUCAUGAUAAAAUGGGCUGAUCUUGAUGUACUACUAUGUACCUAUAAUUAUAG